CUUGUGCGCGUGCUCGGCUGAGUGCACCACUGCCCCUUGUAGUUUCUUGAGAAAUUGCCGAAAAGAAAUUGCUGUGUGACCUGUCACUCAUGCUGUGAGUGACAGGUCACACAGGAGGAGGGAGGGCGUGGUUAUCCUGCAGGCGGUGCCGACCCCGAACCUUUUCAGAAAGUUUGCACACUUUUUCCCUGCAGUUGACGGUUUCAGCUUCACGGCGGGAGAUCAGCGCAGCGGUUGCGGAAAAUGCGCAUCAUCAAGUUCAGACAGCGGGAGAAAGUUGAGCGGAGUUUGUGAGCCGUGCGGUUCGGUGCGAGCCCAGGAGGAGGUGGAGGAGGAGGAAGAGGAUGCGGCUGUGUAACCGCGGCGUGAUGAUGCUCCUGACCACGGCGGGAGCUUUCUGCGCUUUCAGCCUCAUGACCAUCGCCGUGGGAACAGACUAUUGGCUCUACUCCCGUGGGAUGUGCAGAUCCAAGAGCCUCAGUGACAACGAGACCGUGCACAAGAACGAGGAGGUUCUGACGCACUCCGGCCUGUGGAGAACCUGCUGCACGGAAGGAACUUUCCGGGGUGUCUGCAAAGACAUCGAUCACUUUCCUGACGAUGCAGACUAUGAGCAGGAUGCUGCAGAGUAUUUAUUACGAGCAGUUCGAGCCUCCAGUCUCUUUCCCAUCCUCAGUGUAGGGUUAUUGUUUCUGGGAGGCGUAUGUGUAGCUGCCAGUGAAUUCUACAAGACGCGCUACAAUGUCAUUCUCGGCGCAGGGAUCCUCUUUGUAUCUGCAGGUCUCAGUAACAUCAUUGGCAUCAUUGUGUACAUAUCAGCCAACUCUGGUGAUCCCGGUCAGAGCGACAACAAGAAGAGCUACAGCUACGGCUGGUCCUUCUACUUCGGAGCUUUGUCCUUUGUGCUGGCUGAGAUGGUUGGCGUCCUGGCGGUUCACGUCUUCAUAGAGAAACACAGGCAGCUGCGCACCAAAGGCCGGCCUUCACUCAUGAAGCCACCCAUCUCUCGUAGCUCAUCCUACUAUCGCAACCGUUAUUACCAGAACCGCUGCCGCAGAUACAGUUACAGGAGCAAUCACAGCGCCGGGGACUCGAUCUCACAUUCUUUUCGAGCAUCCCUGGUACGAGACAGAGAGCUGUCCUUCUCUGCUGACUCCAAGGCCGCUCCCAUGUCAGGUUUGCCACCAGCACUGAGACUGGGGUCGGACUUCAUGCUGUACACAAUGGCAUCGCCUCUCAAGGAUGGUAUAAAUGAUAUGACGACGGCAGCAGUGAAUCGAAACAACACAGACUUCCUGCCUGGAAAAUGCAUGACCAACAGACGGACCACACCUGUGUAGGUGGACAGGAACGGGAGGACAGUGCUACUCCACAAACACUUUUUAAAUCCAAUCCCUGAAAAAAAAAAUCUCAUGGACCACCUAGACCCCCUUUUACUUUAGUACAUUACAAAUUACAACCAAAUAUGACAGCUUUACAAAUAGCUUUGUUUUCUCAUUUGCUUAUAUGCUACCAUCUAAUAGACUUUGGAGUUGAUUUUAAAACAGUCUGAGAAACUUUUAAGUUAGAGAAUAUGAUAUUCAUUUAAAAUGUGAUAUUUUACCAAUAUGGGGCUUGCUCAUGAACCACGGACCAGUCUUUAAGGCCAGAUGGGAUAUGUAAUCUGUCUAGGAUUUAUUUAUUUUAAUUGAAUUUAUAUACAGCAGCAAAUCACAAGAAAAGCUGCCUCAAGGCGCUUCAUGCAAGUAAGGUCUAACAUUACCAACCCCUAGAGGAAGCAU